AUGUCCGACGUGUCGCCGACACAAAAGAUUACGCUACCUAAUGGAAAAACGUUAGAGGCACACACUAGUCUAUUCAUCAACAACAAAUUUGUGGAAUCGAUCGACGGUCGACGCUUCGAGACGAUCAAUCCUGCGACCGAAAAGCCGAUAGUGAGCAUCGCUGAAGGAACAGCCGCGGAUAUUGAUGUGGCAGUUGACGCGGCGCUUGAAGCGUUUGAGAAAGUAUGGCAACAUGUUGAUGGUAAAGAACGUGGUCGAUUAUUGUAUAAAUUGACGGAUUUGAUGAUGCGUGACAUGGAAGAGUUGGGGCAUCUGGAGGCGUUGGAUACCGGAAAACCAAUCCAGAAUGCGACUGGGGAUGUGGAGGAUGCGGCUGAUGUGUUGAGAUAUUAUGCCGGGUGGGCGGAUAAAAUUCAUGGAAAGGUUAUUGAAACGAGUCACGAAAAAUUCUGUUAUACUCGUCACGAACCUAUUGGAGUAGUAGGACAAAUCAUUCCAUGGAAUUACCCUAUAUCAAUGUUGUCCUGGAAAUUAGGACCGGCAUUAGCCUGCGGCAACACGAUCGUUUUAAAACCGGCCGAACAAACACCACUAAGCGCAUUAAAAACCGCAGCUUUGAUUCGCGAAGCUGGGUUUCCACCGGGUGUAGUUAAUAUUGUGCCUGGGUUUGGUCCAAUAGCUGGUGCAGCGAUUGCUCGUCACAUGAAAAUAACUAAAGUCGCGUUCACCGGAUCCACUACUGUCGGAAAAAAUAUUUUGAAAGCGGCAGCAGAUAGUAAUCUCAAAAAAGUUACUUUGGAACUCGGCGGUAAAUCACCAAACAUCAUAUUCGCAGACGCGGAUCUCGAGCAGGCUAUUAAAUGGGCACAUAACGGCGUUUUCUCGAACACCGGUCAAAAUUGUUGUGCCGGAUCACGGGUCUAUGUCCAGGAUACGAUUUACGAUAAGUUUUUAGAGCAGUACAAAGAGUUUGUGUUGUCGAAAAAAAUUGGGAGUCAGUACGAGCCUGAUGUUUACCAAGGACCGUUGAUUUCUAAAGUUCAGUUUGAUAGAAUCAUGUCUUAUAUUCAGGCUGGUAAGGAUGAGGGCGCCAAUUUGGUACUAGGCGGUGACAGACAUGGAACCGAGGGAUACUUUGUUCAACCAACCAUAUUCACCGACGUGAAUGAAAGUAUGAAAAUUAUGCAAGAAGAGAUUUUCGGUCCAGUCGUUGCAAUCGCCAGAUUCAAAACAGUCGAAGAAGUAAUCGAAAAAGCUCACUUGACGAAAUACGGGUUAGCCGCCGCAGUCUUCACUAAAGAUGUCACACGUGCAAUUAAAAUAUCGAAUGCACUUAAAGCUGGAUCCGUGUGGGUUAAUUGUUACAAUCAAACCGAUUAUAACGCUCCAUUCGGCGGCUUCAAAGAAUCAGGUCAUGGUCGUGAACUUGGAAAAUAUGCUUUACAAAAUUAUACAGAAGUCAAAACUGUUCAGAUAAAUUUAGAUAUGAAAAGAUAA